CUGUUGAUGGAUGAAUGAUGUAACCCUUGCCAGGAAUUGCUCGUGUCUCUCGCGUCUCUAUGGUUUCAGCCUGGCGGCAUUUACUACAAAGUCCAGAACAAAUGGGCUGGGACAGGAUGUUGCCUUUUAGCACAGGCUUCGUUGCAUAAAAGCCUGUCGUAUUUUUCGCUACGUUGGGGUUUUUUUUUUCAUCCGGACUAGCCCUGAGCUUAUUGCAAUAAUGCUGAAAUAGCUAUAUGCAUGGCUUUGGGGGAAUGCGAUAUAAUACAAUAUGUAUCAAUAAAGGACCGUGUUCGCCAUAAAUUCAAUCCCACUCUAUAUAAAAUCGUCUCAUUUUUUGCAGCAUGGCACCUACAAGUGAUUAUUUACAUGACUUGGUGAAGUGAGGGAGAGCGAGACACAAUUGCCCGGGACGUGUAUUUUAGGGAAUGCGGAUGAACUUGGCUGCAUACUCGCGCUCCGUCACUCCGCCGGCAUAGGCGCUGCUUCCAACUCCAUAAUCAUUUCAUCAUCUGGCGCCACCGAACCCUGGGUUGAAUCCCCGGGCAAGUUUACCCACCCUACGGUUGGAUAGAACAGGCACUAAACGGGAUACCGGGAAGAUUUGCUGCUGGUGACACUUAAAAACAACUACAUUAUUGGAACGAUAGGCAACUUUCGAAAAAAGUUUCAGAGAAAUUCCUGAAUUCUAUUCUUCGGACUCUUGAGAAAUAAUAAGAGAACGGGACUGAUUCGAUAAUCUUUAGCGCGGGCACAAUGGACGACGGGUCUGCUUGCACUUCUGUGAUUCCAUUAUUAAACUGGGACCGUGAAGCCAUUGGAGCCGCUUUAAUUGGCACAGUUUCCUGACGAGCCGUCAAACUCACAUUGACUGGUACUCGGGUGUAUAAUGCCCGUGGGUUUCGAGCAGAUGUAAUUCUUCCUGUGGCUGGAAGCGAAUUAGAAUGAUGCUUCGCCAUCCUAGCACGUCCCCCUGCUGUACGGAGUGCGGAAAGUUGACUCGAUCAGGUUCCGGCCAGAGGUCCCAGCGUGGAAUAGCGUCGCUCUCGCCUCACGCCUCCCAUCCUGAUUUGUCAAAGUUGGGAAUGCUUUCUGGCCGUCUGAUUGGUUCGAACCAAUGACAACACCUGCUUCUUGCCUUCAUUCAAGUGACAGAAACGCCAGGGGCUAGGGUUCUGGUAUAUUUAAUCACCCUCCUCUCUCCUUCUCUCUCGAUUCCUAUUCAGAUACCGUCCGUAGCUCAGGCGACGAGCCGCUCUUGCGAUCAGUCAGAAGCGCCUCUCUGCGCUCUGGCCCCAGAUAGCGCAGCUAUGUACAGGGUCAUGCUCGAGAGUGUUCUGACAAUCCUGCUGAUUUUUACACGGCCCGAGCUUGUUCUUGGAACGGACGAGGCCGAUUUACCGGAAAACCACCACGAACGGGAUAAACUAACCAACCAGCAAAAAGCACGUCUCUCGUUGCAGAAUACAGCUGAAAUCCAGCACUGUCUGGUGAACACUGGCGACGUUGGCUGUGGAGUUUUUGAAUGUUUUGAAAACAACUCCUGCGAAAUCCAUGGACCACAUGACAUAUGUUUGGCAUUCCUGCACAACGCUGGGAAAUUUGAUGCGCAGGGAAAAUCUUUCAUUAAAGAUACUCUGAAGUGCAUGGCUCAUGGACUAAGAGUAAAAUUUAGCUGCAUCAGCCGCAAGUGCUCUACUAUCCAGGAGAUGGUGUCUCAGCUGCAGCAAGAAUGCUACCUUAAGCAUGACCUCUGUUCCACUGCCAAGGAGAACAUUAAUGUGGUCGUGGAAAUGAUUCACAUUCGACAUUUGCUUUCAAAAGGGUCAUACCUGGAGUUUAUAAAAGCUCUGUUUCAUUGUCAUGAAGACAUUAUGGAAGCUGUCAAGAAAAGUGUGAGAUCUCGAUUUGGUCAGAGUCUUGCAUUCUUAAGGCAAAUUUUGCAAGAGGAUUCCUGCUCUUCCAUCAAACAGACUGAUCAAGUCACUCCAACAACUGCAGUUCCGGACAAAAAAAAGGGAGAAAACCGCAAGGGCCACAAGGGUAGUGCAGAUAUAAACUAUCUUGAGCAUGACAGGGAGAAUGCUAGGAGCCCAAAAGGAGAAAAGGAAAAAAGUGGAAAAAUUCACCCGAAUGCCCAUUCACGUAACCGAGGUGCCGGCCAGACAUCACGGCGAAUAACUGAGGAACAUGCUCACGCUGGUGAUCCCAUUGAGUUAUCAGACAUCAGAAGGUGAACGCUCCUUAGAGAUGAGGACUUUCCAUGCACCCAUUUCCUUAUUACGGACAUUCCAAUGCACAUAUCCUAAAAUGGUACGUGUUACAUACAAGAUAUUCUGGGAACUGUAGUUCAACUCGGCAAUCAGUUUCUUUACUUACACUUACAAUAAAAGAACAUGACAAUUCCUAGAAUGCAGUCCAGCAUAUAUCCCUGUACUUGAAACUAAACAUUAUAUCAAUUGUCUCACUCAACAAAUCACCUCAGCAUACAUGGGAGUUUCCUUUAUAAAACAAAAUCUUACAAACAAUAAAACAAACACUUUACUUCAGGACAGAAUCUUUAUUAUUAGAUAUUUCUUGGGUAAUUUUGUAAAAGGUAAAGCUUUUGCGAAGGUCUACAUGUUCAUCUACUGAUCACAUUUAUUCUAUUUUGUAAAUAUUUAACAUUACUAUUUAUUAUAGUUUCUGUAUCAACUAUGUACCUGUUGGAUAAGGUAAAUUAAACUAUUUCCUGUGUUGUACAUAUUCAUACCACUAGUAAGUUUUCCUAUGCAACAUAUUGUAAUUUUAUAUCAUUCUAUAAUUUUAUUGGUAGUCAUUAAUUCAUUAUUUAUUAAACACCUUAUUCAAGCCUAACAAAAAACAUUGAUAGUUUUAAAUAGAAUAUCAUUAAAUCCUGUUGUAAUCUACUAAUUAUUUAGUCUGUCAUUUCUGUCUUAGAAGUAUGAUUCUGGCAAAUUCAUAACAAUCCUUAGUAAAUUAGGUAAAAUAAAAUAUAUAUUCUGCAGCAUUAAGUGAACUAUUUCUUACUGUCACAAGAGUUUUAUUGUAUGCUUAAAUGCACACGUCAAUUUAUUUUAAUGUGCAUUGCAAAAUCAUCUAGAAAUAUUCUUCCCCAGAUCACAAAUUUAUAGAGUUUGGCUUUUUUCUGUUUAAUUGAUAUGGGCUGUUAAUAUUAUUCACCACAAUCUGUCAAGUUCUGCCAAAUGGCUUUUUUUCUCUCCUACCAUGAACGAGUAUAGAACAAUAACCAAUUUUGAACAAUUAGAUCACGUGAGUGAUUGCAACCCGUAACUACCAUAUCUACAUAUUAUUUCACAUAUAUGUAAGAAUCACCCAAUUGUGCCAUUUUAGGAUAUUUUUGACAGUGGUUCCCAUGGCAAAGACAGUGCAACUGAUUAGCACAACAAUAAAAUAGUGCCCUUGUUUGGCUAUUUAUCCAAUUUUCUUGAUGCGCUGUUCAAAAUGUAGAUCAUGAUAGAAUAUUAAUUGUAAAGCUCAAAACUCACAUAUAUUACUGCUUUAAAGUCUGCUAGUAGUGACUAAUUUAAAACCGUAAUAAAACUUUUGUACUUUUCAUACAUUAAAAUAUGUAAACCCCAAAGUCGGCAAAACAGGAACAACUUUAUCACUCUCAUUUGAUUAGAGUGUAGUCUGCUACCUCACAAUAUUGCUUCAUUAUUAUAUACACACCUGAACACCUAAAUCAUACCUUAUAAUCUCACUGUAAAAUGAAUACGCUAUUGUCCUCUAUUACAGUAUUAGCUCUUUCAUUUGAAGAUGUGAGAAAUGCUUUAUUAAUUUUAGUCUUUGACAAAUAUUUUUGCUUAAUUUGGAAUGUUUCCUGCAUGCCUCUUUACAAUUGUCCUUUUAGUUUACUGCUGUUUAGUGAAAAAUAUCUUUGUGAACAAUACAUUGUAAAGAGAAAACAAUAAAUGUAAAAUUGCAAUUGAAAGUACUUAUGCACUCAGCAAGUAAUAAAUAUAAACAUCACAUAUAAUGAAAAA